AUGAAGUCAAGAGAGCAUGGGCCUGCCUGCCACGCCAGUGAUCCCUGCAGAGACCCCAAGCCUGGCACCCCUUUCCUGCUGCUCAGUCGUGGGCCCUGCAGCUGGUGGGGAUCAUGCUCCACAGCUAAGCAUUAUGCUGAGCAGCUGUUCUUGAAAAAGGAUGACAAUAAAAUAAAGAAACAAGAUAUCCCAGCAGUUUGUGAUCUUCACUGCUGUAAGGAUGUCCCUGUAAGAAAUGGCCUUAUUGGGCAGAAGCCACCCUCUAUCAACCCCGAGAGACUGAAGGAUUUUGGUGAGGAGGAUUACCUGAACGGGGAUGUGAAGACCUGGGAAAUGAAGAUAGUGAGCCGGAAUGAGGAGUUACUCAGGGAUGCCCUUUCCUGCAUCCCCCAGCCAAGCAGUAGGACCAGCCUGGCCAGCUGUAACAGGCUCAUUCGGUUUGAAGACAUUAGUGCAGCAGCCUUCAAAAUCCAGUGUGGUGUUCAGAAAACCCCCUGCAUGUACUCUAGGCUAUCCAAGCAGUAUGGAAUGGACAUCUACCUGAAGAAGGAGUUCCUCCAGUACACGGGGUCUGUGAAGGAACGAGGUGUACUUUACCUUCUGAUGUCAUUGCCUCAGGAGCAGCAAAGAAAAGGGGUGAUCGUGGCCUCAGACAGCAACUUCUCCAUGGCUGUUGCGCACCACGCCUCAGAGCUCCGCGUGCCCGUGUUCGUGAUCCUGUGCACCAGCACGGCGCCGGCCCGCGUGAGGAUGUGCCGCGACUACGGCGCCAUGGUCAUCUCCUACGGCACAACGGGCAAGGACGCCCAGCUGCACGCGCGGAGGCUGGCACAGGAGAACGGAUACCUCUACCUGGAAGAGGAGGACAGUGCUGUGUACCUGUCAGGCCUGGGGACCGUGGGGCUGGAGAUGUACGAGCAGGUGCCAAAGCUGGACGCGGUGAUUUUCCCUGCAGGAGGCCACUGUGGCUUGCUGGCAGGGUCAGCUGCUGCACUCAAACACCUCAACCCACAUAUUUCUGUAAUUGGAGUUGAGUCUGAAAGUUUCCCAGUAUUGCAAGAGUCAUUAAAAGCUGGCCACCCAAAUGACGACCAGGCCUGCAACAAUCAUCACUUCUAUGGAGAUGUGAGUGGAGUUUGCUUUGGCAGCAAUUCUUUGCAGCUGACUGGGAAGCUUGUGGAUAAAGUUGUUACUGUGAGGGAGGAGGACAUCCUGAUUUCCAUGCUGAGGCUGCUGGAGUACGAGCGAGCCACGGUUGAUGCAGAAGGGGCCAUUGGGCUUGCAGCACUGGUGGCAGGGAAGCUGCCUGAGUUGAAGGGUAAAAGAGUGGCAGUUGUUAUAUGCAGUGGAAACCUGGAAUUACAUUUGCUGCAGCAGUGCAUUGCUCGCGCCCUGACCCUGGAUAACAGAGUGUGCAGAUUUUCCCUUGUGAUUUCUGACUGCCCAGGAGACAUGUCAAAGCUACUGGAGCUUUUGGCUCGGGAGGAAGCAAGAGUUUUGGAUAUCAAACAAGAACGCACAUUUGUGACAUCUGAGCUCUUCACUGUUGAGGUGAUCUGCACUGUGGAGACCAGAGACAAGAUCCACACAGCCCAGCUGAGGAAUGCACUCCUGGAACGCUACCCCACAGCUGCCUGGACGGAGCGGUGACGGGCACAGCGCGGCUGGGGCACCAGGGCCUCUGCCAAGGACUCUGCAGAGCCCCAGCCUGGAGGCUGUCACAACAAAUAUCAUCUUUCAGAGCUGAACAGUUAGCAAAUAGCAUCAGGAUAUUGAUUUCCUGCUCAAAAUGUAGUAAAUGUCUUUGGGGAAAAAAAGUUCAACUCAAAACUUUAGUUUAGCUAAGGGAAGCUCUUAGUCUCUGCUGGUGUUGGAAUUCCUCAUUUCAUUAUCAGCUGGCUGCCUGGAUUUUAGCUAGUUUGUAGAACCCAAUGAUAUUCCAUAAACAAGGAGAAGGCAUUUCUCUUUACAUCUGGAUACAGACCUCUCAAAGGUCUUCUGAUUUUGAUGCCCAUUGUUGAAGUAAUGCAGCUCCUUCCGCUGGACUUAGCCACAUUACAAGUGCAGAAAUUUUCUGUUUCCAAGCCAGAAGCAGUUUUCUGUUUGCUAAAUCUGCUUCAGGAGGUGUGUGGGAUUGAACAUGAAUAUGCGCUGAUCCUUGCUACCAUGUGAGGAAAAAUUCUGCUAAUAGAAGGUAAUUUAAACAUAGACAGAAAAACCCUUGGAAGAUAAAAGCCAAUAUAAUAUUAAUAUUUUUCCCAAGGGAAAAUGAUGCUAUUUGCAAAAUAAAAUUCCAAAAUAUUUUGCAGAAAUUGAAAAAAAGUAUAGAGAUGAUUAGAGCUCAUAAACAGAACACAAAUAUAUUUCUUCCCUCUGCUUUUGGAGACUCAGCAUAAAAAGGGGUCUCGCUACCAAUGUGAAUUUUGUAAAUACCAUUCCACUGAUUAUCUUAGUCUGUCUAAAACAGGCUCUAUCCAUCUCACCUGACAGAUUGAGUGCACUGUUAAUAGUGACAUAUAUUUAAAGACCACAUGUUAAUAGCCAAAGGCAGUACUGGGAGAAGAGGAAGCCCAAGUCUUAGGCACAUGGCUAAUGCAAUUAACAAAGAACACAUUGACCUAAAUACCAUUUUUAUCACUACAGGCAGAGACCAACUAAUAAUAUAACAGAGUGGGAUGGCAAGAAAUGUAAGAGAAGUUCAGGCCCUCUUCUGAAUGUGCACACAACACAGUUGUGCCUUUCAUUUGGGCAGAAUUUAACUUCAGCUCUGGAAGACUUUACAGCUCCUUCCAGUACCUAAAGAGGGCCCCCAAGAAAGCUGCAUGGGACAAGGGGCAAAGGCUUUUAAGAGGGCAGAUUUAUAUUAGGAAUUAAGAAGAAAUGCUAUACUGCGAGAGUGGUGAGGCUCUGGCACAGGUUGCCCAGAAAAGUUAUGGCUGCCCCAUCCCUGGAAUGAUUCAAGGCCAUGUUGGUUGGGGCUUUGAGCAAUCUGUCUAGUGAACAGAACUCCACAACAGGGAGGCUGGAACUAAAUGGUCUUUGAGGUCCCUUCCAACCCAAACCAUUCUGUGGUUCCGUGAUCCAUCUCCCCCUGUAGCUUAUGCAGGCAAGAAGGGAUGAGAAGGGCAGCAUUGUGGCUGUCUCUGCAGUAGAAUUUUUCUGAGAAAUAAUCUGUUUUCUACUUCUUGUUGUAGUUCACAGAGGAGUAGGAGUACAGAGUCUGACAAAUGGUGGACAAAAAAAUAGAAGUUUACAGGUUUGGUCUGGUUUUGGAAGGACUGUAUUGGUUUGCACAUGGAACUAAAAAUUAUUGAUGCCCCAGUGGUUUGUUUUGUUCCCUUCUUGCCAUCCAGAAUGAUGGGUAUAGGCCUUGGUUCUAUAAAUCACAGCUGUGUCUUAUCAGACACAACUCUCUCCACUGUCAGGAGAGUUUAAAAAUCUGUAUGGAAAUAGAUGACAGAGUCCAUAUUACAUACUUGCUGCUUCCAUCAGAAUGAGAAAUGAACCACAUCAUCAAAGAGCAGAUUUGGGGGUGAAAACCCACUAUUGUUGAGGUAAAGUACCCUCUCAUGUUUUCUGAAAAAAAUUCUUAGGAAAUUUUGAGGAUGUCUCAGGUACCUACAUGAGAAGAAAAUGGAAUUUUAUAACCAAAGUUCUCAGUAGUGGCCUACAGGUUCUGCUGUCUGGGUAUUUGGUUUAACAUUUUGGAUUAUGCUGGACUUUGUUGUUUUAGAAGCUCAGAGCAUUAACAACUUUUCCUAACCAGUGGGAACUGCAGUUAGCAAGUCUUCACAAACCUGGGGCAAGAAGAUGUAGCAAAUAGAGCAACCAAAAAUCAAUGCACUUGAAAUCACUAUAAAAUUUUGGAAAUAUGUUUGGGGUGGGGGGAAGGAAGGUGAUGUCCAGAAGGUUCUUAAAAUGUCGAACAUUAUAUUUGCUGUUUGGUUUUAUUUUUAUUGUUUUAAGUAUAAACAUAGUUUAAAGUGUAAAUCACUCUUCAGUAAUAAACACUUUAUAUGUGAAUAUAAUAAUACCAGAGGUAUUUUACAUUCUAUAUUGCCUUCAUUGAAGUCUCAUUGGCUUAAAAGACAAAAUUAAGAUCUUCCAAGGGGGGGAGAAAAAAAAACUCAAAAUGAGACAUUUAAAUGAAUGUAUGCUUGGAAAGAAUAAUUAAAUACCUGUGCUGCUAACCUUUUCCUUUUUUAAUUAUGAAAUAUAAUAAGAUCUAUGGCAUUUCAAAUAUUUAAUAAUGUGGUUUUGAAUGUAUUAUUUAAAGAAUUAUUUUUAUAUAGAGUGUUCUUAUGUACCUUGGAAAAUAACUUUAAUGAUUAUUUAAAAUUUCACUAAUGCUUAAAUGAGCAAAAUAUAAAUCUAAGCAUUGUAUUUAUUUGAAAAACAAUUAAAAUUCUGCUACGCCACCUCAGCAAUGAAAGACUUGUCAUUCUCUCGUGUGACAGUGAUAGCAGCCUCACUUUAAAAAAUCAGAGUUAAUAUUUUUCUUUUAUCUGUCAUAGACAUUGGCUCAAAACCCACAUCAUUCAUGCGAGGGGGGAGCUCUGAGCUGGCAGGGAGGAGAGAGCAGCUGGGCAGGAUGGCUGCUCUGGCCCUGGGUGGGAGUCAGCAUGGACUGCCCUCAUUCCAGCAUGGACCCUGCUCAUUCCAGCCCAAACCCAGCCCAGUGGCACAGAUGGAGGAGCUGCUCCCUGCCCUGGCUGUGCUCCUGGGCAGUGGGCAGGGUGUGGGUGCAGUGUGUCCUGGGCUGGGCUCAGGUGGGUCACUGAAGUCCAUGGGACCAGCUCAGUCAGCUCUCUGCGAUUCUCACUGCAGUCACCACCCACUUUGGGGAACCUGCCCUUCACUUCCAGGGUGCCACUGGCCAAAAUGCACAGUCCUGUCUCCAGAGGCACGAGAUGCCCUGCCCCAGGUGUGUCACUGGAGCUGAGCCCCUUUGGGAGCUGUCCUAGGCACACGCUGCUUGUCAGGGGCACAGCACAACUGCUUCCCAGGACUGCUGCAAACAAGGUGCAUCUUAAAUUGAAACAAAAUCUCUUCCCACACUAAUUCCUUAAUUUUUUCAGCCAGGUCCUAUUAGCUGGGGAUUAACAUUUAAAUCUCUGCUAGUACAUGUUUUUGCAGCACCAGGAGCAGUUUAUCUUCCCAUGCAGGUGGCAUGUCCUCACAGGCAGCACCUUGCCUUCUGGCCUGCAGCUUUUGGGAGAUUCACAAACUCCCCAUCCUACAACGCAGUAAGUGCAUUUGACAUGUUAUUGUUUAACUUUUGCUAGACCCAAACACAGGCACGUGGUUUAUUGAAUGGAAAAGUAAACUGCAACACUCUGGGGCUGGGCUGUAAUUCCUCCCAGUCAUUUAUUGGAUGGCUUUGGUUCUCCUGUCACUUUCUCUGCAGUUUGUUUAACUGCAAGCAUUCUGUCAUGUAUAGGGUGUUAAAGUUUUUAGAGUUUUCUUCUAUUACAAAUCUUUGCUUUCAUGUGCUCCCAAACUUUUGCUCCAUCUCAGAGGAGGAGGAAUCCUUCAGCACAUUGUGCCUUCCUGAGCUGAUGAAUUUCUCAUUGUUCAAAAGCACUUAUUUAUUUUUUUAAAGCUGCAGCAAAAACUGGUGCCAGUAUUUGGAAAAUAUUCCAAUCAAAUAUGAAUGUUGUCAAGUAUGUCAAUAAUAAUCAACAUCCCAUACAGCCUGUCAGUCUAAAGAAACCAAGAGUCCUUAAGGACAGAGCCAGGUCAGUCACACCUGAGUGCACCCACACAAAGGAUACAGGGAGCUUGUCCUGUGCUGCUGAUGUCUGACUGCUUCUCUAAAUGCAGGCACUCUGAUUUACUUCUGGUUUCCUUGCCUGGUGUGGGGGAUGCAGGGGCAGAUUGCAACUGUGAAAAGCCCUAUCCUUCACGCUUCUGAAAUUUUGGUAAGGACAUGGUUUUCCUUUUGAUAAGAGACCUAGAGUGUCUUUAGAAAGACUUUUUAAACUGUGUAAUUGCUAAAUUUAGUAAACUGGUCACCCUGUGUAUUCCCACAAGGGGCACCCGAGUGGUUUUCCUUUGUGAAAAAUGGUCUCAAAGAAUGCUGAUAAAUGAUAUAAUAAUGUUCCUUACACCUCUCUUUCCUCCUCUCCCCUCCUCCUUCCCCUCAUGCAUGUGCUGUAGGUUUGGAGUUGCAGGGCCUGUGUAAGGUCUGGCACAGUACGUGGAUUGUGCCAUAUUAUUACUGCUCUUCUGAAAAGCAGGAGGAAAGGAAAUACUGAGGCAUUUUGUUUCUUUUGCUUUCAAUAAGCUAUGGUCAUUUCUUGAGCUGUUCAUGUAGCUCUUGCACAAAGAGACUGCACCAGAAUGCCUCCAGACAUCAGACUGUGGGACCUGCCUGUAGGGCUCCAAUUCCCUGCAGACUCCAUGGCAGUGACCAAGGGGGCCAUUCCCCCAGCUGCACCAGGCUCUGCUGCUCUGCAGGGGACCCAGCCCCAGAGCAAAUUGAAUGUCCCUAAUUAACCUGCACUUGGUAUUUCCAAAGUCUGCCUCAGUCAGCUCCUGUUGUGUUUAGAAUAUGCUAGGUCAGCAUGAAAAAGGGUCAAAGCAAGACAACAUAUUGAGAUUCUGAGAAGAGUUUUUCAUCACUCCCUUACAAAAAUGAGCUACAGCCCUGAAAGCUUUAGAAAUAGUUCUUGAAAAUGGGUGGGAGACCUCUCACUGCUUCUGUCCAGGCUCUGCAGUGUUUCUGAGCUGAUGCUGCAUGUCCUGAUCUACACAGCCAGAUCUCCUCAACAGAGCUUGAUUUGAGCAAUGAUUUGCCAAACAUGCUGAUCUGGAUAACCUGACUUUAAGCAGUAAAUGACACUUGUUUCCAUAUAUUAUGAUUGAAGGGUGAAAUGGAUCUGGGUGGUUUAUUUGUUGUCUUAUGCAACAAAGCUGCCAAGCAAUCACAGCAUAAAAGUGCUCUUUUAAGCGAGGGGUUCUGACUUGUAUGAAAUUAUUCCUUUUGAUCACCAAUGCAGGCCAAAUAAAUACAGAAUGGGGGUGGUUUUUAAUAUGUCUAGUAAAAACAGGCAUGGUUGCUUUUUAAAUUUUCUUGGCAUGUACUUUAUGUUGUUAAUAUAAUGCAUACCCAGUCUUGCACUUAGCUUUCAUAGCACGGGUUGUUUUUUUCUUCUUUCCAAUUUGAAAUGGAUGUCUAAAGUGUUUAUUUUUCUGUCCUGCGACCAACAAAAUUGGCACAAAUAUCCAUUCUGAAAAACCUUUAUUAAUUUUAGUUUUCCUGGUGAUUUACCUUCUUAUUUAGUGGUCUUUUCCAACAGUAAAAGCUCUUCUGUAUGUUUCAUUGGGGUUUCCUUUCAAUGGGAAACAAUAUUCUGAAAUAUUUUAUUACAGUGAAUUUGCAAGUAUUUUCCUUUGGCAAGCAGUGUGGGUUGGGUGCUGAUGAAGGUGAUUUGACACCCUUUGGAAACAGAAGGUGCACUUGUGUUGUUCUGCCCUUCUGUUGUGGAAAGGACAUUUUGAUUGCAGUGGAGUUGCUCUAAGUGAUCAGGAGUAAUCCUUUAUUACUAGGACUAGCCUGGAGAAAUGCUUAUGCCUGGUAUAACCAGCAGCAUUUCCAGAGAGCCUGACAGAGCCAGGAAUGUGUCUUUGUGAGCUGAGUGAGGUGCCUACAUGAGUGAGCAUGUAUUCAUGCUCCUACUGGGUUUUAAAAAUAAUUUUGUCACAUAUUAAGGGUAUGUUUAUCUCACUGUGCUGUUAAGGGCACUAUAAACACUUACUCAGAAAUGAUAUCUCAGUAUUAUUUUCAGUCUUGUCAUGCUGGGGGUUUGUUCCUUUUCCUUAAGGCCAGUCAGCAUUACCUGUCCCAGGUUCCUCAGGUUUGCAGUUGGGAUUGCAUUGUGAAGCCUCCAAAACUGCAGCAAACAGGCAUCUGUGUUUACA